AUGGCGAGCCAGAUCUCUGUCACAAAGCAAACUGUGACUAGUGAGCGCACGGCUGGCGCCAGCCACCGGCGCCGCAAGCAGGAUGCCAACUUCCUGUGCCCAGUGCCUGGGUGUGGCAGCACGUUUACGAGGAGCUUCAAUCUGAAAGGUCAUAUGCGUUCACACAACGAAGAGCGGCCAUUCCAGUGCAAGUGGCCCGGAUGCGGCAAAGGGUUCGCAAGGCAGCACGAUUGCAAGCGACAUGAACAGCUUCAUUCGAAUUAUCGUCCUUUCACGUGCGAAGGCUGCAAUAAGACCUUUGCGCGAAUGGAUGCCCUGAACAGACAUUUGCGUUCUGAGGGCGGUGCUGACUGUCAGAGAGUUCUCGAUGCUGCAAAGCAAGAGCCUGAUCGUGGUCCUGUACCCAAGACCGAGGAAAAUGGGUGGACUAGCAUGAGUGUUAUGGUAUAA